AUGGCUGCAAGAGAGGCUUUGGCUUUUGGUUCGGAUGGAAGACCUCCAGUAUUGUUCAGAGGAUCGUACCCUCUUUGGAAGAAAAGAUUUCUGAAUUGGAUUGAUCGCCAAAAGAAUGCCAAGAACAUCAGAAUGUCUUUGAAAGAAGGUCCUGAAAUUCCUAAGAACCCUGUGAACAAUGAACCACUUCUAGAAGAAAGCUGGAAUGCUGAGCAGAAAAAUCGUGUUGAAGCUGAUCAAAUGUCUAUUGCUUAUCUCUAUCAAGCACUCCCAGAUGAUAUAUUUUGCAAUGUAGACUCAUAUGAGACUGGAAAGGAGAUUUGGGAUGAGAAGUCUUUUAAAGGUUCAAGGAAAUGCAGAAUUGAACUUGAAACUGAUUCAGAGGUGAGUGAUGUAAGUGAUCCAGAACUAGAUGAAAAGGAUCUUGAAAUGUAUAAAGAGUUGGCUUACUUCACCAAAGCUUUCAAGAAGAAAUUCUUCAAGAAGAAACCUACCAACAAUCAGCUUCGGUCUUCCUCAGUUUCAUCUUAUGUCAAGCAUUUAAGUGCUCCUAAAUUUGAGACUUUCAAGGAACCAGUUGCAGAAAAGAUGUAUGACAAUGACAAAAGGUUUGAGAGGAAAGUCUUGGAGAAAAAGAAUGGAGAGAGAAAAUGCUAUAAUUGUGGAAUUCUUGGUCAUAUUGCCACAGAGUGUACCAAACCCAGAAAGAAGAAUUAUGAGUACUACAAGUACAAACUUAUGUUGGCAAAGCAAGAGGAGAGUGGAAUUCCCCUCUUGGCUGAAGAUGACAAGUGGCUUCACCUCACUGAUGAUGAGACUGAUGAAUUGGCAGCGAAUGUGUGCUUCAUGACAAAGAUUAAGAAGUCAAAGGAGCUAAAUGAUGAAGCUGCAGAUUCUACUGAAGGAGAUGAUGAGGUAAUCACAAUUCCCAAGAAACUGUUAGAAUUUGACAAUUUGAAAUCUGAAAAAGCUGCAGUCACUUUUACUCCAAAUUCAAAGCUUCAUCUUGAAAAGCAAGAACUUGAAACCAAAGUUCUUGAAUUAACUAAGCUUAUGACACAAUUGGAAGUUGAAAAGACCAAUGAGAUGCUUCGGGCAAAUGGUUUGGCAGAAGACAUAGAACCUUAUAUAUCACAAAGUGUUUUGGAAAAAGAAAUUGAUGAUUUGAAGAAGUCUCUUAAUGAAAAACAUGCACUAAUAGAAAGUCUGAAGACUCAAAAUCACUGUGACAACAAAAGAAACCCAUCAAAGUCAAAUACUUCAAUCUGUGACCAACCAGGAUGUUCUGUUUGUGAAAUCAUGAAUGAAACUGAGCAAAACAAUUCUGAAAACACGAAAACUUCAAAUCAGUCUACUUGUUCUAUCUGUGAAAUUUUGAAUGCAUCUGUUCAAACUGAUCUUGAAGUUGUAAAUGUUUCUGUUCAAAUUAACGGUGCUCAAAAUGAAUGUGAUGCUGUUUCUGUUGAUCCAAAUGAUAUUUAUUUUGACACAUCAAUUCCUAAGUUUUCUGAGGACACUCAAACUUAUUUUAAUGAAUUUAAUGAUGUGAUCAAAAAGUUUGAAAAUGAAAAGGAUAAACGAAUAAAAAGUGGUUGA